AUGCAGUUGAAACUCUCAGUUGCGACUUUUGUUUUCGCCACCCUUGCGGCCGCCACCCCAACCCGUCGAAACGAGCCAGCGAGCCAGUGCAAUACUGGCGGCCUCCAGUGCUGCGACAGCCUCACCACCGCUAACAGCUCUGCCGCGUCAAAGAUUAUCUCGCUCUUAGGCAUCGUUGUCCAGGACGUUACCGCCACAGUUGGCCUUACUUGCUCCCCAAUUAGCGUCAUUGGCCUCGGUGGAGAUUCAUGGUAUACUCCUUCAUAUAUGUUAUGUAGCGAUCUAAAUUCUGAGCUGUUCUUCUCUAGCACCGCUCAACCCGUCUGCUGCCAGGACAAUUCCUUCCAUGGCCUCAUCGCUCUUGGUUGCACUCCAGUUGACCUAAAUCUUUGA